AUGCCGAAUCUGACAGUUUUGUGGAAAUUGGUGGAGAAAAUCCUUGUUCCAAAGCGGCAGAGGACUUCAUCUGUUGAAAACAAAACGCCUGCCGAAGGAAUGAAGUGGUCUUUUGCCGCCGGUUCAAAUUUGCUUACAGGUUUUGGUGCAAAGAUUGAAAGAGAAUCCAAGCUGAAGCUCAAUGACUUCGCCAAGGAACUUAGGUCAUUCAGAAGUGUCGACUUGUCAGGGCGUAAUUUUGGAGAUGAAGGAUUAUUUUUUCUUUCCGAGAGUUUAGGUUACAAUCAGACUGCUGAAGAAGUGAGUCUUGCUGCAAAUGGAAUAACUGGAACUGGAAUGAAAGCCUUUGACGGUGUUCUUCAAUCUAACAUUAUGUUAAAGACUCUUAAUCUUUCUGGAAACCCCAUUGGAGAUGAAGGCGUUAAGUGCCUAUGUGAUAUAUUGGUGAAUAAUAAUGGUAUUCAAAAGCUCCAGCUCAACAGUACUGACUUAGGGGAUGAGGGUGCAAAGGCUAUUGCAGAAAUGUUGAAGAAUAAUUCAAGCUUGCGUGCUCUCGAACUUAACAACAAUAUGAUCGACUACUCUGGAUUUACAAGUCUUGCUGGAGCUCUUGUUGAGAACAACACAAUACGGAAUAUACAUCUGAAUGGCAAUUAUGGUGGUGCCCUGGGGGCCAAUGCUUUAGCGAAAGGACUUGAGGGGAACAAGUCUUUAAGGGAACUUCAUUUGCAUGGAAAUUCUAUCGGAGAUGAAGGAGUGGCUGCUUUGAUGUCAGGUUUAUCAUUACAUAAAGGUAAACUUACACUUCUAGAUAUUGGCAACAAUUCUUUUAGUGCAAAAGGCUCCUUUCAUGUUGGUGGAUAUGUCAAAAAGACCAAGAGCUUGUUAUGGUUGAACGUUUACAUGAAUGAUAUAGGUGAUGAGGGAGCUGAAAACAUUGCAGAUGCUUUGAAGCAAAACCGGACAAUAACAACCAUAGACCUGGGAGGAAAUAACAUCCAUGCCAAGGGAGUCACUGCCAUAGCUGAAGCAUUGAAAGAUAAUUCUGUCAUUACAUUUUUGGAGCUUGGUUAUAAUCCCAUGGGACCUGAUGGGGUGAAGGCUUUAUCCGAAGUUCUCAAGUUUCACGGAAACAUAGAAACCCUUAAGCUUGGCUGGUGCCAGAUUGGUGCAAAGGGUGCAGAGUUCAUUGCGGAUAUGUUAAAAUAUAAUACUACAAUACGCGUUCUGGACUUGCGGGCAAAUGGACUUCGAAAUGAAGGUGCAUCCUGCCUGGCUCGUAGCUUAAAAGUGGUUAAUGAAGCUUUAAGUUCAUUAGACUUAGGGUUCAAUGAAAUCAGGGAUGACGGGGCGUUUGCAAUUGCUCAAGCACUGAAGGCCAAUGAAGAUGUGACAGUCACAUCUCUGAACCUUGCGAGUAAUUUCCUCACCAAAUUUGGGCAGAGUGCUUUGACAGAUGCAAGAGACCAUGUAUAUGAGAUGAGUGAAAAAGAAAUCAACAUUUUUUUCUAGAAGGCUUACUUAUUAGACUAGAAAUGUGGGUGGUAUGUGGGAAACAAAUCAACAUCUUUUGGUUUAUUCUUUUUCCCAGGAAGCAUGGGUAAGAACUCCAAUAUCCAAACUUCUGGUUGAAAAUUUUGAGUUCUUAUCGACUUCCACUUACUGAGGAACAAAUUGGAAAUUUUGACAUUGAGAAAUCAUAGUUAGCUCUUCAGUGAUAGAUAGGUACUGUUCUUAAGGCUUUUCUUUUUCAUUUCAUGGUUGGGGGUUGGGGGUGGUGUUAUUCACUAGAGAGUUGAAAUAUAAGUCUACAAAGCUUUGUAUCUUUCAAUGUACU